AUGAAGAAAGCCAUCCACUACCUCCAGAAGCAGGCUCUGCAGUACUCAGACGACAAGUACAACAGUGCUGCGUAUCUCGCGCCACGUCGAAACCACGAGCCCCAGCAAAAUGUCCGCCAUCGCCCAAAAGUCGACUCGGUAUCAUCGCAACCCCGUACGGCCGACCGCGCCGCGCCCAAACGCGCCGACAUACCCUCACGAAUCUCCUCCAACAUCCAACGUCUCCAAUACGGCUCCGCCAACAUCCUCCAGAGUUAUGAGCUCUACCUGCAACCACCACCAUCCACAUCCGACUCCUCCCACGGCUCCGGCGCCAGCACGCCUCUCAGCCCUGGCUCGGCAAUCCACACUCCCACACCACACUACUGGGUCGUCUUCAUCCACGGCGGCUACUUCCGCGACCCCUCCGUCCUCGCCUCCUCCUUCCACCCCACCCUCUCGCUGCUCACCGACCCCGAGACCGACGACGCCUCCGUCCGCGACCUGCAACGCCACGUCAAAGGCUACGUCUCCAUCAACUACCGCCUCGCGCCGCACGAAGCCCACCCGCAGGACCCGGACACCACCCCACAGUACGAAAUGCACGACGCCGCCUGGCCCGACAUGCUGGCCGACGUGCUCGCCGCCCUGAAGCACUGGCAGGGCAAGUACCCGGAGGUGCGCGAGUCCGGGCGGUACCUCCUCGUCGGCCACAGCGUGGGCGCCACGCUAGCGCUCAACGCCGUGCUGCACGCGCGCAAGGCGGGCGUCACGCCGCCGCUCGGCCUCGUCGGCGUCGCGGGCAUCUACGAUUUCUUGAAACUGCAUCAGAAGUUUCCGGGGUACGCGCCCAUGACGGCCAAUGCGGUGCCGGAGCGGAUGUGGGGGGACGUCAGCCCCGCGAGGCGGGAGCGGGUGGAGUUUGAAGAGGCUUGGGGGGAUCGGGAGGAGGAGGAGGAGGAGGAGGAGGAGGAGGAGGAAGGGUACAAAGGAGAGAAAGAGGGCGAUGGCGACGCUUGGCCGACGAAGAGGUGGUUGAUACUCGCGCACAGCAAGACGGACAGCCUGGUUGACUGGGGCCAGGUCGAGGCCAUGCACGACGUGUUUGAGGAGGGUAGUAGUGGUGAUGGUGUGGUGGAGGAGGAGGAGGAGGCACAGCAUGCGGAGGGCCACCGUGCCCGUCGGCGGCGGCGGCGGCGCGGCGGCAGUCGGCCCCUCCUCAUCAGUGAGGUCGUCGAGGUCCAGGGUCGGCAUAAUCAGUGUUGGGAGAAUGGGCGCGAGUUGAGUCGGCUCGUGAGGGAGGGCGUCGGCGAGAUCAUGGGCGCUGAUCAGUAG